AUGGACCACUAUAAUCUGCUGGGAACUUUAUUACUCGGAAAUACUAAGGUAUACAGAACUGCAACUUAUCGAUAUCCAUAUAAAAGUUUUACCUUAACCUUUUCACUAGAUAUCUCUAAAGUGCAAGAUGACGAAGUUGGUGAUGGGACAACAUCUGUAGUUGUUUUGGCUGGAGAACUUUUAAGGGAGGCAGAGAAGCUGGUUAAUUCAAAAAUUCAUCCAAUGACAAUUAUUUUAGGUUACCGGAAGGCCGCUGAAUGUGCCCGCAAUGCGUUGCUGCUGAAGGUUGAUAAUAAAAAGAAUGCAGAGAAAUUUAGGUCAGACUUGAUGAGUAUUGCAAUUACUACUUUGAGCUCGAAAAUCUUGUCUCAGGACAAGGAGCAUUUUGCAAAACUAUCUGUUGAUGCGUUCAUGAGGUUAAAGGUCCGUAUUUCAUUUGCAUUUAGCAGCUUAUCCAUAGCAGGAGCAUAGCCUAGGAUGUAUUUGGUUCGUUCUAUUUUACUUUAGGUCUCAGGUUUAUCUGCGUAUGGCUUUUUCUUUAUUUUGUUACUCUCCUAUGCUGCAGUAGUUCAGCAGCUAGACAAUUUGACAAUGAUGUUUUAAACAGCAUGUUUUGGUUAAACUAUGAUUUUAAUUUUAUCAAAUGGUAGCAAUGAACAUUGAAAUCAAUGCUAAUGUGCAAUGUGGCAUGUGUGUCUUGAAGAUAUCUUUAUUUUCUAGCGUUAACAUUUGAAAUCACAGUAAAGCAACUAAACUGAAGUUUCAAGUACAUGCUGUUCU